GAAGGCUGUGGGGGCUGUCUCCUCAUGGAGCCCCCAGUGCUGUACAGUGAUCAGAGAGAGCUGGGACUGAGAGUGCCUUGUUCCCUGUAAAUGAAUGGCAUUCGAGAGUUCGUGUGUGAGAAGCGGAGGAGGAAGCAGCAGAAGCGAGCAGUAUUGCGGUAAUUGGGCAAUUUCAUGACUAAGGGUUUCCCUGUGACUGUCCAAGCUUUGGGGUCACGAGCAGAGGCGUGCUGUAUCAAUAUAAAAAAAACAUGCUGCGGAGUUUGUGAAAAAUGAUCAGGAGGUAAUAUUCCAGUAAGGCUUGGUGUAGUUUAAGUAAGACCGCUUCUUUUAUUUUAUUGCUUUGGUUUGCGUUUUGAUUUUUUUUUCUUCGCUGGAGCAGGAUGAAUAAAACUUCACAGAAUCCAAGAUGGUUGGCAUUCGUUUGAAAUUCAGAUCAGGCCUCUCUCGUGUCUUAGAAGCUGGUUUUAAACAGGAGUUUGUUUUCCUUCAGUGACUUUCUUACCCCAGUAGUGCGCUCGCUACCAGUGUCCAAUUGGAUUGGGAUUUCCUAUUCUCGUACACAUCCCAGUGCUAAAGGAAAGGGCUGCUGGUAGUCAAGGAUUCUGGAAAUGCACCAGCAAGCCUAAAAGACUGUCUAAAGCAGCAGAGAGUGGGAGUACUUCCGAAAAUACCGCAGAACAUCUGAAGAGUGCCUUAACAGUUGCGAUCCUCCCCGACUUCCCCCGAUUGAGAUGUAAAGUUCAGUGCAUUCAGUACAUUGAGAUCAAGUCCAGCGUUUUUACAUAAAGAGUGAUCUUGGCAGUGAAGAGGACUCCGCACCCCGCCCAGUCUCCUGCACCAUGGCCUCCCGCAUCGGCCUGCGUCUGCAGCUCAUGCGCGACCAGCUGCAGCAGGAGGAGCAGCGCGAGAGGGAGCAGCAGCAGCAGGCAGCCAUGCAUUACAUGCAGCAGCGCAUGCCCGCCCCGCAGACCCCCGCCAUUAACACUCCUGUCCACUUCCAGUCCCCCAUGCAGGUCCCAGUCGAGGUGCUCAAGGUGCAGACUCAUCUGGAGAACCCCACUAAGUACCACAUCCAGCAGUCGCAGAGGCAGCAGGUGAAGCAGUACCUGUCCACCACCUUCGCUAGCAAGCAGACAUUGCAGGCCGUGAGUGGGGUGCAGCCCUCCCCUCCGCCCCCCGUCCCUUCCCCCCACAUGAGGCCGGACCUUCUAGUCAACACCUCCGCAGGGAACAGCACCCCCAACAGCCCCAUGGCCCUGCUCAACAUCAGCGCCAACCCCGAGAGAGAGAUGGAUGAUGUAAUCGAUGACAUCAUUAGUCUGGAGUCCAGCUAUAAUGACGAUAUACUGGCUUACAUUGACCCUGUGCAGAUGUCAAACACACUGCCCCUCUCCAGUAGCCAUUUAGAUGUGUACACCGGCCCUGGGAUGGCUGGCCCCACCAUUGGCAUGACCAGCAACUCCUGCCCAGCGAACCUCGCCAUCAAAAGGGAAAUGUCAGAUGCAGAAGCCCGUGCUUUGGCCAAGGAGAGACAGAAGAAAGAUAAUCACAACCAGAUUGAAAGAAGACGGAGAUUUAACAUCAAUGAUCGCAUCAAGGAGUUAGGAACCAUGAUCCCAAAGACUAAUGAUCUGGAUGUGCGCUGGAACAAGGGGACGAUCCUCAAGGCGUCCGUGGAUUACAUCAAGAGGAUGCAGAAAGACAUGCACAGAUCCAGGGAGGUGGAAACCAACUUAAAGAGAAUGGAGAUGACAAACAAGCAGCUCUGGGUGCGGAUUCAGGAGCUGGAAAUGCAGGCCCGAGUCCACGGCCUCGCCUCCAGCUCCCCCUCGGGGCUGGGCGGGGUGGAGAUGCUGGGGCCGCUCAUUAAGCAGGAGUCCAGCUUGGAGGACAAGGCAUCGCUGGAGGCAUUUCAGCAGCACCAGCAGCAGCAGCACCAGCAACAGCAGCAGCUCUCCCAUCCCGAGCAGCAAUACUCACAGCACCUCGACUUCACACAGACACUGGAGCUCUGUGACAGCGCCGCCGGCUUCCAUGACCCCCUCUCCCACUUCACCGACCUCACCUUCACCUCCCCCCACAAAAACGACUAUAUGCUCAUGGAGGACGCGCUGUCCCCCCUCGGAGGGGACCCCCUCCUCUCUGCCAUGUCCCCCGACCCCUCGGUUGUCAGCAGCCGCCGUAGCAGUUUCAGCAUGGAAGAUUCUGACGUCCAGUGACCACCGCCACCUCUCCUCCACCCCUCUUCCCACCGCAAGUGUGUGUGUGCGUGCACUGAAGGGAAAUUAACAUUGACCGCUUUCAUUUGACACUGACAAAUUAAAAAAAAAAAAAGGUACGCUUUCUUACACUAGAAUGUUUGUUUUAAAAGGUGAACAUUUAAAAGGUUUCAUGUCCAAAUAGUACAAGAUAUAAACUUGAUUUCAAAUCAUGAAUGUGGAAACAAGGCAGAAGUCAAUUUUGAGAAUACAUUUAUUUGCUGUUGUUUUCACUUUCUGUAGGGAUAAGCAGAGAUUACAAUAGUUGGGUAGCUGAAGUCAGAAUAAUGGAUAUUAAUAGGUAACACGUACCCUGCGGUC